GCCGCACCGGCACCCAAGCCUAUCGUACUCCAGGCGCCCGCACCCGCCCGAGUCCAGGUCGAGGAGAACUACGGCCCGGCUGAGCCCUACACCUAUGGCUACCAGUCCACCGAUGAGCAGGGUAAUACCCUGAGCAGAUCGGAGACCUCCGAUGGAUCAGGUGCUGUUAGGGGCAGUUACUCGUACACCGAUGCCAAUGGUCUGAACAGAAUUGUUGAGUAUGUGGCCGAUGCCGGUGGAUAUAGAGCUACCGUUAAGGCCAAUGAACCUGGUACUGCCAACGCUAACCCCGCUGAUGUUCAGGUAAAUAAUGAAAAUUAA